ACCGUUUAGUUGUUAUACUCAUUUCUGUUAACUAUGGCUCGCAUGGUAGAUGUAAGCUGGAAGGUCUUGGAAAGAAGAGCUAGAUCAAAACGUUCAGUUCAUCCAGAAAAACCUGACAGUUUUCACCAUUUGGAAAUGGCCAGCUCUGGUGAUGUAAUGCCAAAGCCUUCAAGAACUUUAUCAAGAGCUGAAGCUGAGAUGUCUGGUUCUGUUUACGAACCACUGAAAAUCAUUGACUUGCCAAGAGCCGACCAUGAAAAUCUAUGGGAUAAACUGGACAGGUAUUACCGUGCCGUGAAAUCUACAGUACUCAGCUACCAGAGUCCGACCACUGGCCUUUUCCCCAUUAAAAUACACUCUGAUUGCCAUGAAGCGAAGGUGCGCGAUAGCCUGUACUGUGCUGCUAGUGCUUGGGCUUUGGCACUUGCGUACAGGCGCAUUGAUGAUGACAAGGGAAGGACCCAUGAGCUGGAGCAUUGUGCUAUAAAAUGCAUGAGAGGAAUUCUUUACUGUUACAUGCGCCAAGCUGAUAAGGUUGAACAGUUCAAACAAGAUCCCAGUCCAUCAAAAUGUCUGCAUUCAGUUUUCAAUGUAAAUACUGGGGACGAGAUCUGUGGAUAUAAUGCAUAUGGACAUCUUCAGAUAGAUGCGGUGUCAUUGUUCUUGCUUUACCUUGUGGAGAUGAUCUCUUCAGGUUUACAGAUAAUAUACAAUACAGAUGAGGUUUCUUUCAUUCAGAAUCUUGUAUUUUGUGUGGAAAGAGCGUACCGCGUUCCUGACUUUGGCAUGUGGGAAAGAGGAAGCAAAUAUAACAAUGGAAGCACCGAACUCCAUUCAAGCUCUGUUGGUCUGGCAAAAGCUGCUCUUGAAGCAAUCAACGGAUUCAACUUGUUUGGCAAUCAGGGAUGUUCCUGGUCCGUAAUAUUUGUAGACUUUGAUGCUCAUAAUCGAAACAGACAGACCCUUUGCUCAUUGCUUCCUAGAGAAUCAAGGUCACAUAACACAGAUGCUGCACUUCUGCCUUGCAUCAGUUAUCCUGCAUUUGCUGUGGAUGAUGACGCCCUUUUCAGUCAGACCCUUGACAAGAUUGUGAGAAAAUUAAAAGGGAAAUAUGGAUUCAAACGAUAUCUGAGAGAUGGGUAUAGGACUUCCUUGGAAGAUCCUAAAAGGCGCUAUUACAAGCCAGCCGAAAUUAAGUUAUUUGAUGGCAUUGAAUGUGAAUUCCCAUUGUUUUCCAUCUUCAUGAUAAUCGAUGGUGUGUUCAGAGGAAAUUCAGAGCAAGUAAAAGAAUACCAGGAACAUCUCACACCACUGCUGUUUCAGUCAUUUGAAGGACAUGCUGUUAUCCCCAAGUACUACUAUGUACCAGCUGACUUUAUUGAAGCUGAAAAGAAAAAUCCUGGCAGCCAGAAGCGUUUUCCUAGCAAUUGUGGACGUGAUGGGAAGAUGUUUUUAUGGGGGCAAGCACUGUAUAUCAUUGCAAAACUGCUGGUGGAUGGCUUGAUAAGUCCAAAAGAUAUCGAUCCAGUACAUCGUUAUAUACCACCAGAAGAUCAGCGGAAUGUGAGCAUGCGAUAUUCUAAUCAGGGGCCUCUGGAAAAUGAUGUGGUGGUCCAUGUAGCCUUGAUUGCAGAAAGCCAGCGCUUGCAGGUGUUUCUGAACACGUAUGGUAUCCAGACACAGACACCUCAGCAAGUCGAACCAAUACAGAUAUGGCCUCAGCAGGAGCUUGUAAAGGCUUACCUUCAUCUGGGGAUAAAUGAUAAACUUGGGCUGUCUGGAAGACCUAACAGACCCAUUGGAUGUCUUGGAACUUCAAAGAUUUAUCGAAUCCUGGGAAAGACUGUUGUCUGUUACCCCAUUGUCUUUGAUUUAAGUGAUUUCUAUAUGUCCCAGGAUGUAAUGCUUCUGAUCGAUGAUAUCAAGAAUGCCUUGCAGUUCAUUAAGCAGUACUGGAAGAUGCACGGACGUCCUUUGUUCUUAGUGCUGAUCCGAGAAGAUAACAUAAGAGGAAGUCGGUUCAAUCCCGUGCUGGACAUGUUGGCAUCUUUCAAGAAAGGAACUGUUGGUGGAGUGAAAGUGCAUGUUGAUCGACUGCAGACAUUAAUAUCUGGAGCCAUUGUGGAACAGCUGGAUUUCCUUCGACUUAAUGAAAAUGAAGAACUUCCAGAAUUUAAGAGCUUCGAAGAACUUGAGCUGCCAAAACAUUCGAAGGUCAAGAGACAAAGCAGUACACCCAAUGCUUCUGAACUGGAACAGCAGCCUGAAAUAAAUGUUAAUGAAUGGAGGCACGCACCUACUCAUGAAAUCCUGCAGAAGCUGAAAGACUGCGACUGCCUUGCAAGUCAGGCCAUCCUCCUUGGUAUUCUUCUGAAGAGAGAAGGACCACAUUUUCUGACAAGGGAUGGAACUGUUUCUGAUCAUUUGGAAAGAAUAUACAGAAGAGCUGGGAGCAAAAAACUCUGGUCUGUUGUACGCUAUGCAGCCAGUCUUUUAGGCAAACUAGUGGACAGCCUUGCACCAUCUAUUACUAAUGUUUUAGUUCAGGGCAAGCAGGUAACUCUAGGAGUUUUUGGCCAUGGCGAAGAGGUAAUAUCCAAUCCAUUGUCUCCUGGAGUAAUAAAAGAUAUAAUCUACAAGAAGUGCAGCUCACAUGAUGAAAGAGAAGCUGUACUUCAGCAGGAGCUCGUCAUCCAUAUUGGCUGGAUUAUCUCUAACAACCCCGAACUCUUCAGUGGCAUGUUAAAAACACGAAUUGGGUGGAUACUGCAUGCCAUGAAACAUGAACUGAAGAUCCAUGCAGGGGACAUGCCGUCCCGAGACUUGUACCAGAUGUCACCCUCCGAAGUUAAACAGCUUCUCCUGGAUGUGCUUCAACCACAACAGCAAGGAAGAAGUUGGCUUAAUAGACGUCAGAUUGAUGGUGCCUUGAAUCGAACACCCACCGGUUUUUAUGACAGAGUGUGGCAGAUUUUAGAAAGAACACCAAAUGGAUUAAUGGUUGCAGGAAAACAUUUGCCUCAGCAACCAACUUUGUCUGAUAUGACAAUGUACGAGAUGAACUUUUCUCUUCUUGUGGAAGAUACUUUACAAAAUAUAGUUCAACCAGAGUACAGACAAAUUAUUGUAGAGCUGCUGAUGGUUGUGUCCAUUGUUUUGGAAAGGAACCCAGAACUGGAAUUUCAGGAUAAAGUAGAUUUGGAUAAGCUGGUAAAACAAGCAUUUACAGAUUUCCAUAAAGACAGACACCUAAUGGACUCGACAUACAAGCAAGAUGAUGUCUUUUUUUACAACACUCCUCCACUUGGAAAGAGAGGAACAUGUAGCUACCUCACAAAGGCUGUAAUGAACGAGUUACUAGAAGGUGAUGUAAAGCCAAGCACGGAUGAUCCUUGUACGGUUUCUUAGUACAGACCUAGUUUAUGAAAACUGUCAGGCAUAGGGAAUUGUAUUUAAGACUGACCUGGUUUACAAAAACUGUCAGAAUUCAAGAAAUUGUUAUUUUCACGCAAGAAGAUAAAAUGGAAUGCACCUACUAGUAAGUAGGGGACAACAUCUUUACUGUUCUGACUCUUAUUUUCUUCAUAUAUUUUAUUGUAGAAUAUGUUUGGCAUAAAAAAAUUGAUUAGCAAUUAGUCUGGUAGGGAAGCCUGUUGAACAAUAGCUUUUUAUACUGUAUACUCUGUGUAUGAAAAAAUAAAAUAUAAUUACUAGUUUGAUACUGGCUACAUGCCAGUACACAAAUGCAAUAUUAGAAAUGCAUAAAUGAUAGGGUAUGUAAAUUAUUUAAGCUGUCCUGUGUUGUUUUGAAUUUAUUUAUUGAUUUGAGUAAUUAACUUUGCAUAAUGCUGCUAGCUGUUACAACACUUCUGAAUGGUUUGGCAUAAUUAUUUGUCAUCAUUCUGGUUUAUUUCUUUAUCAGUAAGUGAAAUCAUUUGAAGAAAUUUGUCUGUUUGGCAAGAUUUCUUGAUAACAUUAUUGAAAAUGAAAUUAAUUGGUACAUCUUACUGUCUUAUGCGUUCUACACAAUAUAUGGAAUAAUAAAAUGUCAAUCACACCAGACGUUGUAACUUAAUUGUGCUCAUGUCCAUGUUCACUGUUGAUCUUUCCUGUCUGCUGUUACAGUGAAAGACCUUAGCUGUUUAACAGCUGAAGUGAUAGCAUUACAAAUAAAAAAAGUCUUAACCUUU